AUGGCACGACGGAAGCCGCCGUCGCAGAGCGGAGCCGGGAGCGCCGAGGGCCAGACGGCGCCGCUGAAGCGGGGGCCGUGGACGGCGGAGGAGGACGAGCUGCUGUCGCGGUUCGUGGAGCGGGAGGGGGAAGGGCGGUGGCGCACGCUGCCGCGGCGCGCGGGGCUCCUGCGGUGCGGCAAGAGCUGCCGCCUCCGGUGGAUGAACUACCUCAGGCCGGACAUCAAGCGCGGCCCCAUCGCCGACGACGAGGAGGACCUCAUCCUCCGCCUCCACCGCGUCCUCGGCAACCGGUGGUCGCUGAUCGCCGGGAGGCUGCCGGGGCGCACGGACAACGAGAUCAAGAACUACUGGAACUCGCACCUUAGCAAGAAGCUCAUCGCCCAGGGCCUCGACCCGCGGACGCACAUGCCGCUGCCGCCUGCUGCUGCUUCUGGCAAGACGGCAGCGGCUGGUCGCUCCCACGCAAUCGCGGCAGCUCCAGCUCCUGCUGCUGCCGACAAGACGGUGGCGGCGCUCGAACCGCCGCAGACACCGCCUCCGUCAGCAACGAAACCAACCUCGACGGCCGAUGGAACCGGAUGCGACCGCCGUGACAGCCCAGCCGACGGAGGCGACGACGACUUCGCAUUCGCAGCAACGAUGAGCCUCAACGCCCAGGGCUUCGACGGAUUCGAUGACCAGUUCAUUGCGGAGUACGGUGGUGCAGUUCGUGGAGGCGGCUUCGACGGCGUCAUGGCGUGUCCGAUGGUGGACGACGACACGUUCACCUCGUUCCUCGAUUCUUUGAUCAGCGACAAGCAGUUCAACGGCUACCUCGCCGAGGGCGACGCCGCUGAUCACAAGGAUGCGAAGAACGAUCAGGGUGGCGCGCACUAG